UUUGACCCAGAACCCGUUAGUGUGGCAGAGAACCUCUUAACAGCGAGCGCUCUCUGCUGUCGUCCUCCAGUCAUUGGGAGAGGAGGUGAACAGAUCACCAGGAUCCAGCUGGAGUCCGGCUGCAAGAUCCAGAUCGCUGCUGACAGCGGAGGACUGAUGGAGCGGCCAUGUUCCCUGACUGGAACUCCAGAGAGCAUUGAGCAGGCAAAGCGUCUGCUGAUCCAGAUCGUGGAUCGCUGCAGGAACGGUCCUGGUUUCCACGGUGACGGUGAAGGUGGAGCCUCCGUGCAGGAGAUGCUGAUCCCGGCCAGCAAGGUGGGGCUGGUGAUUGGCCGAGGGGGCGACACCAUCAAACAGCUGCAGGAGCGAGCAGGUGUGAAGAUGAUGAUGAUCCAAGACGGUCCGAUGCCGACGGGGGCCGACAAACCUCUCCGCAUCUCCGGAGACCCGUACAAAGUACAG